UUUGAUCAGAAUUAUCUAUGACACAUUACAGACAGUUGUAACUACUUCUAGAGUGCUCUAUUGCACCAAUCAUUAAAAAGCCAUCUUAAUAUUAAACUACAGAACAAUGCAAUUAACCCAAUGACUAUUGUUCAGCCUCAAGCAAUAACCUGGAGAUGUGUCCCCACUCAAGGGAGGAAUACCGAUGCACUCUAGUAGAAGGUCUGUGCAGAAAAACCCUGCAGUUAAGGUACGAAACUGCAAUUUCACAAAAUAAAAUUAUUGACUCUAAUGCAUUACAAGCUGGGACAGCUCAAUCAGCUCAGCAACUUAUUAGAAACUUACCAAUUACUUACUAGUCACUUACCAGUACCACCACUUCCUUUUUUUUACAACCAGAACUAAGUUAGAACGUCCUGACAACUGCAAUUAUCAGUCAGGAUACAAUACUUUAAAAAUCUUAAAACUAUUUCACUUUAGAGGAGUGCAGUGAAAUUGAUUUUAGCAUUCUUCAUAACAAAAAACUCUCUUAGGUCCUCUGCUCAACAACACAAAAACAUUUAAAAUAAAAAAGUAAAGCCCAAGCUACUAUGAUGCAACUGAUGCAGAGCGUCCCAUUCAGGGCAAGAAGGGAAAUUGAGUGAAAUGCAAGAGGAAAAUGAGAUGACCCCACACAGAAAGCAAAACCACAAAAAACCCACAAUAUCACAGCAACAAAACGAUGAGGCACUAAUGCAGGGUUUCACUCCAGGACAAGCAAGGGACAAAUGACCGCCUACACAGACAAAAAGAGAAUUAAAAACAACAUCCAAAGCCAUGGACACCCCAACAACAUACUACCCCAAAACCACAAAAGCCACAAGCGAAGCCUGGAAACCAGGAAGGGAAACUCCACACAAUUGGAAAGUGAUGAAGGGAAAGCUGCCUUGCAUACAAAGCCGCUCACCAGGCAGCACCCCGAGCACAGCCGCCACCAGCACCAGCAGCACCGGCACACCUCACCAGGCUCCUCCUGCCCUGCAGCACCCGACAGCAGCCACAGGCCCAGCAUGGCUGCGCCCACAGCCACACAGCCACGCCUGCCGCACGCCGCCCCGCCGCUCCUGCUCCUCCUCACCGCUCUCGCCACAUCCCUGGCCUGCCAACACCUCUGGACACACGAGGACGCCUUCCCCGGCGACGCGCUCCGCCUCCUGCAGGACAUGGCUGCCAGCCACACGCAGCCCUGCCACCUCCAAGAGCGGCCCUUCUUCCCCGACGCCCUCCUCCACAACAACCUGCACCCGCACCAAGCCGCCGCCACCGCCCUACGCAUCCUCCAGCACCUCUUCCACACCCUCAGCUCCAACAGCACCCGCCAGCACUGGCCCAGCCAGCCUCGCAACCACCUCCUCAACCAACUGCAGCACCACAUCCACCACCUCGAGCAAUGCCUCCCCGACAACGGCACGCUCCUCAGAGGACCGCGCAACCCGCUGCUCGCCAUCAACAAGUACUUCAGGGACAUCCACCUCUUCCUCCACGCCCACAACCACAGCGCCUGCGCCUGGGACCACGUCCGCCUCGAAGCUCGCGCCGCUCUACAGCACCUCCACAACCUCACUCGCACCAUGCGCCGCUAGCCCAAACACCCACGCGCCCACCCACGCCUACGCCCCAAACCCACCUCCAACCCCACGCCUCCUCCCACCUGCCACCAGAGACGGCGCUGACGCUACCGCACGCCACCCGCAGCCUUCAACCACUGCGUCUCCAUCGAUUCAGCCCCUCCCACCCAUACGGAAAAAAGGACUUUUCUCCGCUAUUUAUUUUUUUAUUUAUUUGUAUAUUUAUUCAACUAUUUAUUUUUCUACUUUUUUAUUUAUUUACGCCACUGAAAAUAAAGACCCAUGACAAAACACUUGCCAAUGCCUUUCCUCUGCCUAGCACUGCAACCACUCUUGGGGCCAGGGGAAAGCCAUCUCCACUCAACGCCUACUCCAAGCCCUGCUCCAAACAGCCCCUCUCCACUCCUCUCAAUGGCACCUGCCCAAGCAGGGUCCUGCAGCAGCCCCUGGGCAAAAACACUCCCAGCCUUUGGCCAACACCACAGAAUCACCACAAGA